AUCAUGGACGCCAUGACGCAUAUCGCUGCAGUGUUAAUCGUUGCGACGCUGGAGGCUGUUGACGGUACCAACUCCAGGUACUACUCCGCUGACGUCGAUUUCCCCUUCCCCGGCACCUACAACUGCGACGUCUGUACUGCUACAGAAUGUGCUCCUGGUUUCUUCUGCCGAGCAGUGGGUGCAGCAGGGUUGCCUGUUACACCGGCCUGUGUUCCCGCCGCCUCCAUAGCACCAACGUUUCCUACGCCUAAGUGUGCUCGUGGUGGAGGCGAUACGGCAGUCUUCCAGAACGGGAGCAUGAUAUCCUGCUCCGCCAAUCAAAACUGUCCACUUAACUUCGUCUGUUCGUCAGGCGCGUGUUGUCUGGAUAUAUCUCUAUGCUCCAAACAGGGCAACUGCCCCGCCCGUGUGAGCUGGUGCGGGGUGAACAACGACUGUACGUCGGACAGCUCCUGCCCAGGGGACACCAAGUGCUGCUCCUACCCUGAAUGUCAAGGUCGACGAUGUGUCAGACCUUUAUUUACCGGAAGAUAGAAAAUCGCCAUCUUUAAUUCGCCUUGCCGAGAAAACCUACCAAGUUAUUGUACUUCAUUUAAGUGGGUAUAUUAUUGUACAAGUCUAUAUGUGACAUCGCUGACUUGUUGCCCUGACCCAUUAUGUGAGUCAGACAGAUCAAUAAAAGAAUAUUAUCAGCAUGAGUGGCUAUAUUGUCAUGUGUCAGAUUCAGUCGAGGGUUUUGUUUGUAUGUCAAAGGUAACACAUAAAUUCUUUCCGGGCAGAAUUGGCACACAGGA